UUGAGGCCAGAAAACUUGACUUUACGGCACCUGAUCCAAACCUUUGAAUGCAAAGAUUCACUGGUGUUCUGGGUAGCACCCUUCAAACAUCUUUUGAGGAGACUUGGGUUGCUAAGAUCUUUGUAGACCUCGUGAGUCAUGCUAUGAUGCAAUAUCGUGAGGCAUUUAAAUGUCUUAAUCUUAAAAGGGAUGCUGUUCUUUAAAAUCUAGGAAAAUUAACUUAAUUCACUGUAUACCUGAUAUUUCAUGGUAUCCCCGACAUGUUGAGCGAGAUGGAAAAACAUAUUUUGUGGGUUUAAAAAAUAUUCGUUAAAAAAUCUACCCCAGGUGCUCCCCUUAAUCCAUUUAAAUAAUCACCUUAAAAUGCUGAAAUGGGUCGAGGGAAUCAUCAUACCGGCCACCAUGGCAGCUAUCAAAUCCAUCUGGCCUGGUUUCACCCCAUUCGUGCCCGCCUCUUCAUUGUUCACCUCCCAAGGAGACUAUGACCAAUAGCCUCCUUGUCACCUUCUCUCCCUCAUGGUCGCAGCGUGUCACGAAACACACGAUAAAUUAAUCCAUACCAGGAAAGGGUUUUACCAGUGCCGGGGAUCGAACCCGCGACCAGCCAGAUGGGAAAGCCGUCACGCGCCAGUCGACCAAAGAGGUACCUCCCCUCGUAGGUUUAUGGGAGGCUCUCUACAUCAGGCGGGUCAGACACUACAGAAUUAAUCUCUUUAUCUUUCCCUGUCUAUUUAUCUAUCAAUUCUCCAUGUGUCUUUUUAUACCUCUGUGUUUUAAACCGCUACAUUAUGUCUGAUUGGCAACGCUGCGUCACUCCCUCGCCGGCCGCCAGCUGAUAGAGUGCGUUGUGUACUGAAAGCAAGAGCCGAGGGUCGUGAGGGUUGUCAGGAGUCUCUCAGUCCAUCAGUAGUACCUCAAGACUCUAGAAUCCAUGGUUAACGUUAGUCCUUGACCCAGCAGUAAUAUCAGUGCUUGCCAUCGAUUCUUCACGCCGGGGGUCAGUUGCUGCGGCAAGAAACAUGCGGUUACUUGGAUCUGCCUUGUCGGCAUCAAGGAAGCUGAAGUCAUCUUUGGGUUCAGCUUCAGCCCGUACCUCAGUGAAUGACUUCCACAUAUCUGCUUCAGAGCCGGAAACACAGUUUCAUGAGAUCAAGGACAAGGAGUCCGGGAAGACACGCAGGCUAGCUUACCAAAAGCUGUCGGGUCCCCGCACACAUGGCCUCAUCUACAUACCUGGCUUCAUGGCUCACAAGGGUGGGGGGAAGGCAGUUGCCCUGCACUCCUUCUGCCAGAAAUAUGGCUUUCCUUACCUCAGAUACGACCCCUCAGGCUUGGGCGAGUCAGAGGGAGUAUCUCUGACGGACACCAAGUUUUCAUUGUGGCUUGAGGAUGCCAAGGAAAUGCUUCUCAAGGUGACAGACAGUCCACAAAUUGUGAUUUGUUCCUCAAUGGGAUGCUGGCUGACCUCAUACUUGGUUCAGAUGCAUCCCGAGAAGGUUGCCGGCAUCCUCAUGUUAGCGCCGGCAGUCAACUUUCAUGUCCGCUACGAGAAGGUGUUGCGAUCACAGCUGCCGCCCAAGCUGCUGAAGAAGUAUGAGGAGGGUGGCACAGUGCCCCUCUUUGCACCAGACUAUGGGGAAUUCCCUCUUUCCAAGGGUGUUUUUGAUGAAAUGAAAAAGUUUGCCUUAAACAUGGAACAUAAUACUGUGCCUGUCAGUGUUCCAGUGAGAAUCAUUCAUGGCGUGAAGGACAAGGACGUGGACUACACAGAGUCGCUGCCGCUGCUGAACACCCUUGGGACAGAGGAUGUGCAGCUGACUUACCUCAAGCAUGCCGGCCACACCCUCACUGAUGAGGAGAGCCUCGAGGUGAUCUACGAUGCCAUCCUCAGACUGGCCUCUGAGGUGGGCAAGAAGGCAAGGCUGUGAGGGAGAGGAGGUGACGGGGGUGCUGUGGAUCUAGCUUUGAAGGGAUGUAAAAAUUAGUCAAAGAGGGAAGUGGAGGUAGCUUGGAUCAGUUUGGUCUGUGUGUUUAUCUUUGUAUAAAAUAGAUAACUAAUACUCAUAAUUUGUCAAACUCUUUAACUCAUUUAAAUAACCAGCUUGAAAUAUUGAAAUAGGGUAAGGGAAUUCUCAAAGGGGAUGUUGAUAAAAUGCAUGUACGGAUGAGGAGGGCAGAUGUUAAUAAAAUACAUAGUUUUUAGGAGAGGUCAUGUGUAGGCAGACUGGUUUCUUGUCUCCUUAUAUCAGCAUCAAGGCACCUUAUUAACCUAAUCUGACACUCCAUUUGAUCACUCCUAGUGAUACUUUUCUCUCUGCAAAAGUAGAGCUCAGUGGUUCUCCAAUCUCAUCUUCACUCUGUCAUAUUCACUGGCUGAGAAUUUGUCUCCUUCCCAUAUAUUAUUGGUGCUUAUUCUUUAGUGUUGGCUUCAGGCAGCUGCUAGUUUAGGAAGUAAGUAUACCAGCAAAGAAUUUAUUACAUUGUGUAUACAACAGAAACAAAAAAAUCAGGUUGUGAUCACCAUCAUAAUCUGGGAUUCCAUUUUUCAGAGGCAGGAUAGAAAGCAAAAAAGUCAUGUGGCCAUUCUGACUAUUGUUUUAGACUAAGAGAGGGGGAGGGGCUCCCAGUCCCCUGUAUAGUGGCAGCUCCGUCCCUUUUCGAUACCUCUUAUGACAAUGUGCAAUAUAUAUUGAGAUUUACUAUUUAAUUUCUCUAGAUUUUAAAUAAGGCCAUCUUGGGUGUGUUGUUGUGUGAUCAUUGGUUGUCAGAGGAAGUUGAUUUUACUUCUUACCUUUCCUUUGCCUUCUGUACAUUUAUUAAAAGUUGCAAUGGGAAGAUCUUAGCAUUUUAGUAGAGCGUUUCAUCUUGCAAGACAAAAGCGCAACAUAACAUUUAAGUCUUUCAUUACGUUUGUGACCAGAGACCUAAGUGUUCUUUUUAUUUAGGUAUUUAUGUAUCUUUUGGUACUAAAGACCAAAACAAUUUAUCUGUAUUUGGGUGUGUUAAACUCGUUCAUUAUUUCUUCAGGCUUUUAUCUGUGGGUUUCAGCAGCAACGGUGUAGUAGUUUGGGUUCAGCUAAGGUGGCUGGCAGGAUAGAGGGAUGCUGUUCAGAGUUGAGUCACAAGAGUGAACUUGAUUUGGAAGGGAUUGAAUAUGUUUGCCAAUUUGUACACACCUUUCCAAAUAUGUCGAGGCCAGUCUGGCGUAGGCUCCCACGGGUCCUUUCCUCCCCUCUGCUCUGCCACACAGUCCCAACACCUAUCUCUUCCUCUCAUAUGUAAGUUAUAGGUAACAUAUGAGAGGAAAAAAUAGGUGUUGGGACUGUGUGGCAGAGCAGAGGGGAGAAAUGGAUCUGCAGGAGCCAACGCCAAAACGGACUCGACAAUUUGGUUUCACUAUAGUACUCCUAAAGGGGAAAACUUUUCUGGAAAAUGAAAGGGAGGCCUCCAAAGGAUGUGGUCAAAAUAAUACUCAUAAUCAUUCUUUAUUUUGACAAAAAGUACAUUUUUAUGCCUUGGGACCAGUUUUCGAAACUGCCGUUUCCCAGAUAGGAGCACUAAAGGGAGACUUUUCAGAUUCUGUUAAUAAGGGACAGCACUGUGCCCGUCUGUUCCUUUGACUGAAGCAGAAAGAACACUUCUCCUUUGCUUCUCUGUAAUAACUAUUAGGUAGAGUACCAUGAUAUUUCAUUGAAACAAUUUUUAAUGAGAAUAUUGCAGAGAAGAAAGUGUCACUCCUUGUAUUUCUUGCAAAAGGAAGCCCUUGUAAGGAAAGCUGGCAGCUGGUGUUUCUUUUUGCUGUGCCUUUAUCAAACUGAUGAAAAUCAGCCUUGCAGUGAUUAAUUUUAAUGCAUUAAUUAAGUACAUGUUUUGACUCGUCUUCCAUUUCGACAAAAAUAUAUUUGGAAUAAAUGUUUACGUGCAUUCUAGACACUGUCCGUCAGGUGAUAUCAGCCGAGGAGAGUAACUUGUUUGAAACACCGGCAGCAUGGCAUUUAUGUGGUUAUUGCAAACUGCCUUCACACUGAAGUCAGCAGCUUGGCUGAAGAAAAAGCUGCAGGCUCAGUAGCACAGAGUUCUCUCCCAGGCAGUGUUCAGAUGAGGUAGUAAACAUCAUCCACUGCUCUCGCCUGACAGACGACCCCAUAUUUAAUGUUGGUGUGUAAUAUCCCAAACACCAUCUGUGCAGAGAGAGCAGCUGAUGAUGUUAAUGCUCAUUUAGAAUACUGCCUGGGAGGGAACUCCAUGCUAUCAAGCUUGCAGCUUUUUCUUCACCCAAGAUACUUUCUAGUAGGAAGCCAUUUUGCAAUAACCACAUAAUUGCCUUGCUGCCAGUGUUCCAAACAAAUAAACAUCAGCUGAUCUUAUGUGACAGACGCUGUCAACAUUUAUUCCAAAUACAUUUUUGCCAAAAACGAAAUUGCCAGUUGAAGCAGAUCACAUAUAAAGUAGGAACCUGAUUUUACUCACUUGGGCAUAUAAUGGAGUUGUGGUCUAGGCUUGGUAAUUAGAACAGAGGGGUCAUAUUAGAAAAAAAUAUUAUUCACAAGCACAGUUCUAUACAGUAGAACAUUCCAACAGAGCACAAGACCAUUCCAACAAAAUGCAGCAGCAUAAAAAAAAAAAUAAAAAAAAUCUUAGUGGGGAGAGUCUCCUGAACUCUUACACUUGCCCUGUUUGAUAACCAACAGAACAGCCAGUCACUGGACAGGUCUGUGUCCCAGUCUAUGGUGCCCCUCCCUCACCUGUUCUGCUCUCUGCCAAGCCCACAGGAGCUAGGGAAUGCUCAUCAACUCUUGCACACCAGUUCAAUCAGUACUCAUAACAGGAACUAAAUUGACGGGUGUGCACAACUGAUGAACAUACCCUGCAGACAGGCAGUGAGGGAGGUGCAGCCUCAUAGUUCUUUUGUGGUGGUCCACCCGGGCACCUCUUGUUGCAGGUGAAGCUGCCUAAUCUUCCAUCAGCCAAACAAUCCUGCAAGAGAAUUAAAGUAAUUACAAGUACUAUUCAGGAUAUGUUUUCCAGUGCACAAACAAAAUUCCAAUUAGUAUUCAUUCCAGGAAAAUAACUAUAGUUCAUUCAUUUAAGUUGGAUCCCCCAGCAUUGGCUCAACCUCUGGCGAGUAGGUAAGGACACUGCUGAUUGGCUGGUGCCUGACAUCUUCGUUACUCAACACACUCAAAGGUUCAUUAUUAUUCAUAUUUACUCAGCUCGGCAAAAGGCAAAUCUUUUUACAUUGUUGUAUUAAGAAGUGAGUACAACUAUAACAAGAUUUUCAGAAUUGUUUAGGGUAAAAAAGUAAUUAAUAUUAAAGUGAGUAGAUAUCAGACACACCACCGGCCAACACCCAAAUCAGCAGCAUCCUUACCUACUCAGCUAGGAGUUAGGAAUCCAGCCAGGUGAAUGAGCUAUACCUGUCUAAACCCCUGAUGCUCUGUCCCCUCACAGGAACUUCCCCCAAUGGAGUGGCCACAGCAGAAGCGUCUCCACUUAUUGUUACUGCACUCUCUCAGCACAUUGAAUUCAUUGCCUGACAGCUCAUUCCCUCCAGUACUCAUCCAAACUCACUGACGUUUCCCCCCGAUAUGCUCUCCCUCAAUCCUGCCAUCAAACACUUCACAAAAUCAAUCCCAUUCCUUUCCAUCACAUAUCCAAACCAUCUAACAGUAGCAGAUAUCACCCGCUUCACUAUCCAAUCCCUUUCCUGCUACAUCCAUACCAAAAUUCACAAACACUUGCAUAUUACUUUCUUCAUUCCAUCUUGACACACCACAUGCACCUCUUACAUAUCUCAUUCUAACUGUGCAUACUUGUGAUUGCACCUGUGACUCUUUACCCCAAAUCUGGCUCUGAUGUGCCUCAAAAGAUACCCUGAAGUUCCCUCUCAACACUCACCAGCUGCAGCAUACAGCCCUGGGAGAAUAAAAGCACAUAAAGAGGUGCAUGUGUUGUGUCAAGAUGGAAUGGAGACUGUAAUGGGAGGAAGGCAAAAGGUUCAGUACGAGUAACGGAAGGGAGUGAAAUGGGUGAAGUGUGGUGAUCUGAAAUGGUUUGGACUUGUGACGAGAGUAAUGGGAGUAAAAUUGAGGGGAACAGUAUCAGUAACAUGGAUCAAACAUGAUAUUUUAAAGAGAGUUAGAAGGCAAGGCACUGACUGAGUGUGCUAAGCAGGAGUGCUGGAACAGAGAAAGUUGGAGAUGCUUCUGUUGUGGCUAACCCUGUAAGGGAAGAUCCAAUGCGGGAAUAGGGCAUCAGAAAUAGAUAGAACACCUGACUCCCCACCUAUACCCCCAAAAUUUCCAUAUUUCCUAACCUGAGCAUUCCUUCAUUUCCAAAACUUUUCAAACAAAAACUUUAAUAUUUCCAAAAUCUCACCAUCUCGGUCAUUGCUUUUUAUCAGAUAUCAUUCACUGGAACAUACGCACACCCCAAUGCAUACUUCAUGAUACAGUACCUGUCUUAUCAGCUGAUACUCAUCUUAUUAGUUGUCCACAGUAGCUUCAAUCCAUACCGCUUAUGCCCUGGAAACAAAAUAGCAUUAAAGUAACAUGACAUGCCUUCAGUUCUAUACCUUUUCAGAAUUUCAUGGUGGCAUUUUUCCUAAUAAGAGUAGUAACUGGAGUUGCACACACAAACUAGUGAACUUAUCCUACCAGAUUACAAGUCAAAAUGGCAGUCAGCACAUUAGGCUGAAGGCAUUUGAAUAUCUACUACAAGUGAUGAUGUUCUCGUAUAUUUUUCUACCCAGGGAAAAAAAACAAGUGGGCUCAUGAAAGGGGUGCGAGUAUAGAGUAAGAUUAAGGAGCUGCCUUAGCAUCAUGUAGACUCAUGUUCUUAUGUUCUAAUCCUACUCUUAGUCCUACAGUUUUGUCAUGAGGGAGAUCCAAGUGAUAAAUGAAUAAAAAUAUGCCACAC